AUGGCGCUCUCGCUACCGUCCUGGUCCCGAACUUUGGGCCGAGCAUCUCGCAUACCCCUCUCAUCAUUCCACCGCAGUGCAAUCGAAAUCUCGCAAUCACCGUUCACCCUCCGCUCCCGAACAAGGCCGCAACCGCUGUCGUCCCAACUCUCCAACCAUCGUCUUCACCAUGCAUUGACGUCCACCCGCUCGUUCUCGACCUCCCCAUUCCGGCCAGCGCGCACUAUCGCCCAGAUCAAGGCCCGUCACUCGACCGGUCCCUUCUCGUGGAAGGCAGCCCUCCUGUUUAUCAUCACCGGCGCUUCGAUGAUUGUCUACUUCCGAUAUGAGAAGGCCCGGCUGCAACGCAAACGCAUUGCGGAGAUGAGCAAGGGCGUGGGCAAGCCCAAGGUCGGGGGUCCGUUUGUGCUUAAGGAUCUCAAUGGGAAUGAGUUCACGCACGAGGAUCUGAAGGGGAAAUAUAGUUUUGUUUACUUCGGCUUCACCCACUGUCCGGAUAUCUGCCCCGAUGAGCUCGACAAGAUGGCCGCCAUCAUCGACAAGGUCAAAGAGGCGGCCGGCGGUGCUUCCGUGAUGCGACCGGUCUUCAUCACCUGUGACCCGGCCCGCGACACGCCCGAGGUGUUGCGCAAGUACCUGCGCGAGUUCCACCCGGAUAUCAUCGGCCUGACGGGCACGUAUGAGCAGAUCAAGGAUGUCUGCAAGAAAUACCGGGUCUACUUCAGCACGCCGGAGAAUGUGAAGCCGGGUGAGGAUUAUCUCGUGGAUCACAGCAUCUACUUUUACCUGAUGGACCCCGAAGGUGAUUUUGUCGAGUGCAUCGGCCGUCAAGAUACACCUGACUCGGCGACCAAGGUGAUUAUGGCCCACAUCAACGACUGGAAGCGGGAUGGAAAGCCGUUGGAAACGACGCCGGAUCCAUAA